AUGGCAAUGAAUCAUUUGUGUUUUGCAGAUGAUUUGCUAAUGUUCUGUAGGGGUGAUCUUAACUCUGUUAAGUUGAUGUUGGAAGGUUUCAAAGUCUUCUCUGAGGCCACUGGACUGCAAGUUAACCCUACUAAAUCUUCUAUAUACUGUUGUGGAAUGAGCUCUUCAAUUCAGACUAGCAUUCAACAAUGUUCUGGUUUUAAGCUUGAUUUUCUUCCCUUCAGAUAUCUAGGGGUACCUAUCAGUUCUAAGAAGCUGAAGGCUAGUGAUUGUGAUCUGUUAGUGGAGAAAAUGGUGGCUAAAAUCAAGGUCUGGAGUUCCAGACAUAUCUCCUUUGCAGGAAGGAUGCAACUAGUUAACUCUGUUCUCAUGAGCAUUUGUGUUUACUGGGGACAGAUUUUCCUUCUCCCUAAGAGAAUUACACAAAAGAUUACUGCUAUCUGCAGGUCCUUUUUAUGGUUUGGUACUUAUGAUGAGAGCAGGCCUGGCAGUGUUGGUUGGGACCAACUGUGUAACCACAAAGACCAAGGUGGGUUGGGUUUUAGGAACAUCUCUCUUUGGAAUCAAGCUGCUGUUGGAAAGCUGGCUUGGGCAAUCAGUGAAAACAGUAUUACUGAAGCUCUUGCUUCCACUCAGUGGUUGACUGAUCCCAAAUAUUCUAUUAAGAACAUCUAUGGUGGAUUAUGUACUCAACAACCAAAAGUACACUGGCAUAGAUUUGUUUGGAAUAGAUUUUCAGUUCCAAAGCACAGGUUCACUCUCUGGUUGGCCCUCCUAGACAGACUGAAAACUAGGGUAAGGUUAUUUAAGAUUGGUGUGGGGGAUGAUCCCAGUUGUGCUAUUUGUGGCUCAGUUGUGGAAACCUGUUCCCAUCUGUUCUUUGAAUGCACAUUCAGCACUGACUGUUUACAGUUGGUUCUGAAUUGGCUUGGUUAUACUGUGACCAAGACUAAUCUUACUCAAGUCUUUAUGUGGGUAAGGAGGUACUGUAAGAAAGAGUUCAGAAGGAAGGUCAUCUUCACUGCUUUGGCUGGUCUUGUCUAUCAGAUUUGGAAGGCAAGGAAUGAUGUUGUGUGGAAUCAUAAUGUCCCUACAAAACAGUUUAUCUUGAAGACUAUCCAGUUUGACACUAGGCAUAGGAUUCAAAACUUGCUAGGGAAAACUGUUAGGUUAUGA